GGGGCCCGACUGUGACCACGUCAGGUGGCGCGGAAACUGGCAAAUGUCGUGAGUGUGAGUAGCGGUCUGGUCUGGGCGCUUCCUCCCUCGCGAUUGUUUUCGUCUAGCACCCGUACCCUGGCGCAACCACGUCGACCUCCGUAAAGGCCGUCGGAAUCCUUCUUACUGGCCCCUCUUCCGCCAACCAGGCAAAACCUACCUCGCAGCCCCAAAAGCACAGGACAUUGCCAUGUCCCAUACCGGUGCAAUGCGGGGGACGCCCAAAUCUUCGAACCGCAACCAGCCCCAGCAUCUCGGCCACAGCCCGUCUGCCAUCCCGCGCCCCUCUGGUUUGGAGCACCACUCCCAUGUCACCCAGAGCGAUGCGGGCGGCUCGUCGCUCAGCGCCAGCAGGGCCAAGAUGUCCAAGAGAGACGACGCCAUUCGUCGGAAAAUCGAGUCGGACCUCAAUAAGAAGAAGACUAUCAGCGGCCGAGUUCGCCCCUCGAAAAAGGCCCCGCCCGGCACCGUCCUCGCCCUGAAGCCGUCUCCCGCGCUGCAAAUAAAGCCCUCGACGACGGUCGCCGAGGCGGCCCAGCUGAUGGCGGCCAAGCGCGAGGACUGCGUCCUGGUUACAGACGAGGACGACCGUAUCGCGGGCAUCUUCACGGCCAAGGAUCUCGCUUUCCGUGUGGUCGGCAAUGGCAUCAAGGCUCGCGACGUCACCAUUGAGGAGAUUAUGACCAAGAACCCUCUGUGCGCAAAGACGGACACAAGUGCGACGGAUGCGUUGGAUCUCAUGGUCAGGAAAGGGUUCCGUCAUCUCCCAGUCAUGGACGAGAACCACGACAUCUCUGGUAUCCUGGACAUUACUAAGUGCUUCUACGAUGCCAUGGAAAAAUUGGAGCGGGCGUACGCCUCGUCCCGCAAGCUGUACGACGCUCUCGAGGGCGUGCAGGCCGAGAUGGGCUCCAGCCAGCCGCAGCAGAUUAUCCAGUAUGUCGAGGCGAUCCGCCAAAAGAUGUCUGGGCCUACGCUCGAAUCGGUCCUGACAGGUCUUCCUCCCACGACUGUGUCGGUUCGCACUUCAGUCAAGGAAGCGGCGGCACUCAUGAAGGAAAACCACACGACUGCGGUCCUGGUGCAAGACAACGGCUCUAUUACUGGUAUUUUCACUAGCAAAGAUGUCGUCCUCCGUGUUAUUGCCGCGGGGCUGGACCCAAUGACUUGCAGUGUUGUGCGGGUGAUGACCCCUCACCCCGACUUUGCGCCGGUGGACAUGAGCAUCCAGUCUGCGCUCCGCAAGAUGCAUGAUGGCCACUACCUCAACUUACCUGUCAUGAGCGAUGCUGGCGAAAUUGUCGGCAUGGUGGACGUUCUCAAAUUGACUUAUGCCACACUUGAUCAGAUCAACAACAUCAGCACCACGGACAGUGAGGGCCCGGCAUGGAACAAGUUCUGGCUGUCGCUCGACAACGAGACCGAGUCGAUGAUGUCGGGCGAGGGAGGCAGCCGUCACCCUGACCACCGCUCGUACGUCUCGCACCACGACCGCCCUGGCCUCAUGGAUCGUGGUGACAGCGUAAUGCCAAACGAGUCUGCAUCCCACCAUGGGGAAGACUCACCGCCUCCGUCUCACGUCGCCAGCAUCCCGCCAACGCACAUUGAAGACAUGCCGUUCCCCUUCAAGUUCAAGGCUCCGAGCGGGCGUGUGCACCGCCUGCAGGUGGUUAUUUCCGCUGGCAUCGAGGAGCUCAUCACCAACGUAGCCAACAAGCUGGGUAGCGAGGUCGAAACCCUGGGAGGUAUCCCCAGCUUCGAGGGAGGCAAGCUCUCGAGGGCCGGCUUUGCCCUGAGCUACCUGGACAACGAAGGCGAUACCAUCUCCAUCACGACCAACGACGAUCUCGUAGAGGCUGUCAGCCUAUCACGCAUGGCACACCGCGAAAAGGUCGAUCUCUUUGUCCACCACCCGGACAAGGCGCCUAUGUCUGCCGAGGUCAAUCCUCAGCCAGCGCUCUCAAAACCUCCCACGCCUCCUGAAUCCACGCUCCGCGAGCGCAAGCAGUUCUUCGAUGACGACGUCGAGGACACGCCUAGAUCAAGAGGCCGCCACCAGCCGGCUCCCGUGUCGCAGCAGCCCGAGAUCAUUGCCGGGGUUCCGAACGACCUUCUCCUCCCCGGCGCCAUCGGUGUGCUGGCCGUCGUCAUUGUCGGUGUCUUUGUGCUUGGCCGCGCCUCGAACCGGUAAAUCCGUCGGUAGUACUAUUGGGAUAGGCAGCGGUUGAGUCAUCAGCGAGUUUAUUCUUUUCCUUGUUAGAAUUUGAUAUCCCAUAGAUUCCUGGGUAUUUCGUAGCCACUUGGGUAGUCUAAUCGAUAUUAUACAAGGUCUG